UCUCAGUUCCCCGCCUGCAUGUUUGAAGCAGCAGGAGUGCCAGCAGAGAUACGGAGCGAUCACAGCUCUGAAGAAGCCACCAGCACGUGGAGGAAGAGGAGGAACAGAGAAACGCAGUGAACGUGAGAAAGAUGCUCUCCAGUGGCCACAUCUGCACAGUGAGACGGACAUCAGGAGGACAGAGAGGACUGAGGAGACAAGAGACUUCAACCUGGAUCAUUUCUUAAUAUUGAAUGUGUUGUUCUCUGAAAGUUAAACUCCAGAAGAAAAGUUAAUAACAGCCUCACCUGCUUCACUGCUUCAGGAGACACGUUGGUUUUUGUGGGAGCAUUUUACUUGCAGGACACGCACAAGACUCGAUGAGACAGCAUUGAGUAUUUAAAAUGAAGGAAAGAUUGUCUGUUUGGCACAUUUAGCAGUCCAUAUCAAAUAUCCUGACAUGGAGGCGAUUGCCGAUCGGGAAGCCCACCUGUGUGCCUCCACCUCCCCGACCCCACCACCACCACCAGCAAACCUUGAACUCAAGCACGGUCACGCGGUCCGUUUCAAGAAAGUGUGUCGAAUCGAAGAGGAAAGUUUGAGCCCGUUUCCCGGACUGCCGGCAGGUGUGUUGGAAAUGAAGGUGAAAGAGGGCAGCAAAAUUCGCAAUCUCAUGGGUUUUGCCAUGACACGUAUGCAGGACGAGGCACGCGACGGUGGUCAGACGGGACUGAGACGGGUCGUGUUCAGUGGGUCGGGCCGGGCCGUCACCAAAACCAUCACCUGUGCCGAGAUCAUGAAGAGGAAGAUCGGCGGUCUUCAUCAGAUGACCAAACUGCAAUACAAGAGCGUGCGAGAGGUCUGGGAGAGUCAGGAAGGAGGAGACUCGGAGAUGACCGUACACCGGACUCUUCCAUCCAUCAGCAUUCUGCUCUCCAAAGAUCCUCUUGAUCCUCUAGAACCGGGAUAUCAGCCUCCGGAGACUGUCUGGGAUGAGAGAAAUGGAGGAGAGGCUUCAUGUGCGAUGGAGAAAAGAUCUAUAGACUCAUUUGGUUCUCUGGUAGAGCCACAGGCAAAAAGACAGUGCCUAUGAGCUUUAUGGCUAUAUGACGACCCAUGAAGACCAAUGAAGACACCCGGUUCUCAUCCAGAGAAUCUGUGAGUCUUUCUCUGAAAAAAAAUCACAUUUUUACUUCUCAGCUGAACUUUUAGUGUAACAGUGGAGAAAAAUGUUGAGAAUCUUUGAUCUUUAUGAUUUUACAAACUCACUUUCAAUCAACAUCUUAAAGUUAUAUAUAACUAAUACAAUUCAUAGAAAUUAAUUCACACAUAUGAGCACACUCCUGUAUAGCUCAGUGGUAGAGCAUUGCUUUAACAGCGUAAAAGGUCAUGUCAUUUGACCAUCUAGGUUAACUAUAGACCUGGCUAUGAGUAGCCCACUACUAGCCAAAAUAAACUUGAAUUUGGUUACAUGUGUUUUUUGUCAAAAUUACUUGUGAGCAGAGGCGGUCUUAACAUAGAGGCAUAGGUAGGCGGCUGCUUGGGGUCCCCUACCAGCGGUCAUAUUGGGGGGCCCCAACCAACCAAAUAAUUAACCUUAUAACAGAAAAACUAAUUUAACCCUUAUGUUAUGUUGGGAACAACUUUCUCUGUGUUUCAGCAAAUGGAAUGAUUUUUGGUGACAAAUCUUAUUGUGACACAUAUUUUGGGAAAAUGCUUUGAACAUGCAGUCAAAAACUCAACAAUACACUGUGGGCAAAUUCACAACCCUUUCGUUAUGUUCGUGAAGAAAACAUCCACUAAAUUAAACUGCUGUAAACAUCAGAAUAAAUCUGUUAAUCAAUCUCAGUCCUGAUUAAAACGGCAAAAUGUUUAAUAAAAAAAUCCAAUUACUCUUUAAUUGCCAAUGAUUUUUUUCAAAAACUCAAAACUGAUUUGAGGAAACACACAUACUACUUUUACAUAUUACUUAUUUUCAAUAUAAAAAGUGAUUGUGGACUGGAUUUUUUUUUACCUUUUAUCACAGUCUUGGGCAUGUGAAAUAUUAGUAACAACAUUGGCUUUGAUGCUUUGCUAGUUUUUGUGCAGCAUCAAAUUUUAAUUUUUUCUCCCUCAUUUACUCUUCGUUUUUGCCCCAUUAACUUAUUCUCUAUUGGUUUGUGUAGUGCAACACUUUGUGUGUUCUCUGCUUUCCAUCUUCAUUUUGGAGUAAAAAACUUUUAUCGAUCUCUUUUAUAGAUCGGAUAGGGGGGCCCCAUACAUACCUUCGCCUUGGCCACAAAUUUUCUAAAUCCGCCACUGCUUGUGACAUGUCUGAUAUUCCAUCAUGUAAACAAAGUCAACAGUGAUUACAAGCUGUUUGCUUUCAUGUAUUGAUUUAUUUCAUUAAAAUGUAUUUCAUUUAUUUUUGGGCUGUGGUUAGACAUCACUGACAGUCCAAAAUUUCCCUUGAUUAAACACCUUUUAAAUUUCUGGCUGGGUGUUAACAUUUACUUUUCUUAUCACAGCAAAUCAAAUCUGACCUACAGUAGUGAAGAGAAACAGCCGGAUGAUGACCCUUUAUUAUCUUCCUCAUUGUUGACAGUUGAACAUCUUUUCUUUCAAGCACUUAUUGCUGAAAUAUGGCCAAAUUAUUUAUGCUUAUCAUGUCAUGUAAAUAAUAUUAAUUAAAGGUUACAGUCUGCAUAAUAUCAUUUUAAAAGUAUGCAACAUUUUGUUUUUUUGGGGUUGAAACCUGAGCAUGUUUUCACCUGAGAUUCACCUGUUCAGAGCAUCACGCUGUACAAACAUAAAUGUAUGUUGUUGUAUGUAUGUUUUCUUCUGCAACUUUGUGUAAAUAAAUAAUUUGCUACUUGCAUAACAGUAAGAAAGAAACUUUACUGCUGUUCAAUA